AUGUGUUUUGUAAAUACCGAUACUCUUACACAACGGGAAUAUGAAUUAUUGCUACAACCGCCUUUCCUUCUUACAAUACCUAUCGACAAACUUAUUGAUCCAGCAGCACGCACUAACGGUGGCAAGAAAAUACCUAGACCCCAGAAUAGCUGGUUACUGUUCCGUAGAAAUUAUGAGUGUUAUUUUCGUCAACAUGCCGAUAGAACUUAUAGCGUCUCGGAAAUAUCUAAAAUGGCUACGGAAUGGUGGAAAAUCUUGCCAGAUACCGUCAAGGACUACUUUAGGGCACUAUCAAAGCUGGCAAAACAAUGCCAUAAAGACAAAUAUCCCGAUUACAGCUAUCAUCCAAAACGAAGACAAAAUCGAAAGGAAAAAUGGGUGUUCAAAGAUGCGGGAAACGGCCAAUCCACGGGGUGCAGAACCAGUAGGAAAAAUAAAGCACAAGACAAGAGCGAAUAUGAUCAGAUAGUGGAUUUGCAAUAUUCUGGCUUACCACACAGCAGUUACGAAGUCUCAUAUUUUGACCAUAUUAUACAACCACAAAACCUUGCCGCAGUACAUUCUGCCUGCUCUUCGUCUCCUACUCUAUUGUCUUCUUUCAACAAUAAAAUCAGCGUUACGGAUGUAGUUGGAUAUGAUUGGAACAACUUUAAUUACUAUCCAAUGCUCAAUGGUCAAGAAGUAUUCGUCCAGGAGCAGAAUAUUAUAUUAGAAAAAUAA